AUGUGCGACACUAAUCAUGAUUCAAACAAGGGAAAGGAAAAAGCAAAUGAAGAAUCAGGAACCAAUCCGAGGAUGGAGGAGAAUCAGAACAACGAGAACAAGCGAAAAGUUAGGGCAUCGGAAGAAGAACCGGAUGUCGAAUUUAAGAAUAAUUUUGGUGAAGAAGAUUCUCCAUUUCUUCUUUUUGGAUUCAUUAUUGAUCCAACUAAGGGAAAUCAAAAAGCUUACUCUUGCAACUUUUGUAGCAAAAAAUUUGUUACUCCACAAGCAUUAGGUGGACACCAACAUUGCCAUAAAUCGGAGAGAAAACUCAAAAAAAAUAAUGAAACUAUGAACAAAGCUUGGGAAAUUUUCUCUAAUGGUAAUGUGGGGCCUGGAUAUCAAUAUUAUGAAUUUGACAUAUUGAACCAGCAUGUUGUAGGGUCACCAAGUUUUGAUGCACAUGAUUUGCAUGGUUCUACAUUGCAGCAUAUUCCAGAGAUAAAUCAAGACACUGUGAGUCGACAAGUUCCAAUGACAGAGAUUGAAUUUGGUUUGGUUUCAGAGGGAGGUGCUGAUAGUAAUGUUGCCCUUGAACACAAAGUGACUCAAGAGGAGGAAGCAUCCAAAAAUACUGAUUUGAAUCUUAAGCUUUGA